AUGAAGAAAAAAGUACUUUUAAUGGGAAAAAGUGGUUCAGGAAAAACCAGUAUGAGAUCAAUAAUUUUUGCAGACUACAUUGGAAAAUAUACAAGCAACAUGGGAGCCACAAUAGAAGUGGAAAAUUCCCAAAUUCGAUUCCUGGGAAACCUCGUACUCAAUGUAUGGGAUUGCGGAGGACAGGACGCAUUUAUGGAAAACUAUUUUUCCAGUCAACGGGAGAAAAUUUUCAAAAAUGUUGAGGUUUUGAUCUACGUUUUUGAUGUGGGUAGUAGAGACAUCGAGCAGGAUUUUCAGUACUAUCAGAGUUGUUUGGAAGCGAUAAUGCAACAUUCGCCGGAGGCAAAAGUGUUUUGUUUGGUGCAUAAAAUGGAUUUGAUUCAAGAAGAAGAAAGAGAGAUGCUGUUUAGAGAACGUGAAAAGAUUUUGAGAAAUUUGUCAAAGCCUUUAAAAAUUACUUGUUUUCAAACAUCGAUUUGGCAAGAAACGUUGUACCAAUCAUGGUCUUCAAUAGUAUCGACUCUAGUUCCCAACUACGAAAAUCUUGAAGUAAGUCUCAAAAACUUUGCAAACAUAAUCGAAGCUGAUGAAUUAUUGUUGUUAGAGCAAAGAACUUUUCUCAAAAUAUGUCACUAUCAACGCAAUGCAAACAGAGAUGCGCAUCGAUUUGAAAAACUUUCAAACAUCUUAAAACAAUUCAAACUAAGUUGCAGCAAAGUUUUAGCGCAGAUUCAGAGUAUUGAAGUUUGUAAUUCGAGAUUUACAGCCUUAAUUGAUGUUUUUACAUCGAACACGUAUAUAAUGGUGAUACUAUUCGACCCAAGUAUACAGUUAUCAGCGAUUUCAAUUAAUAUUCGUAACGCAAGAAAGGAAUUUGAGAAAUUGGAACGGGAUAAUCAUCUACAGUGUUUAAAUAUGAUAGGAUGAAGAUAUGAUUUCAAUAUUGGAAAAAUUAAAAAUCAUUUGCAGAAACGGCAAUUGAAGAAUCAUUAGAUUUAGCCUA